AUGACUCCACUGGAGGAGGCGCGCGCCUUUCAAGCAGAAGCUACGAAAGGUGGCAACCGUCAGAAGGGCCGCCCCUCAGCUCGCGGCAGAGGCAGAGGUGGUCGCGAUCGUGGAGAUUCUCCUCACACCCCUUCUGUUCGUGGCGGUCGAGGUGGAGGGGGCCGCGGAGGCUCUCUUCUCCAGCGCGCUACCUCUCGCGCUGCUCACCAGCCCGCGCCCUUCGAGCAGGAGCAGAGCGGACGCCAUCUUCCUUCUACGCCCUCAUAUACUCCUCAGAACACCAAGUCUCGCCCAUUUGCUAUCCCCAUCGUGGCGCCCCCUUCCGACAAUGGCGAGUUCACUCCAUCAGCAUCCCCAUCCGGUAUUGGGAGCUCUAUGUUUGCCCCGCAAGCUACCCCCAAAGCCACCGCCCUCGCGUCUGGAUUAUCAAAGUCUCAAACCCCUGUGACAAGGGGUUCCACGUCCAUUGAGGAGUCUCGGCAUGCGGCUGGAGCCAUGACACCCCAGCGGCAACUGACCCUCCACGGGGGAAGAGGAAGGGGAGGAGGUCUCAGGAUGAGCAGAUUUGCGAGUCAAAAAGAGGAUGAUGCCGUGUUUGCCUUCUUCAACGACGAUUCCCCAGCCCCAGUUGGCGAGGUCAGGUAUUACCAGGAAGAAUAUGAGGAGAAGAAGAAGACAAGUGAGCUACAGAAGCCGAGCUUAUCCAAGUUACAAGACGGCGCCCCAAAGCAGUGCACAGAGGUCCCGAGUGCGGCCACCAGUCGCCCUCAGGGUGAGCCCAGUAUCACUGUUGACAACAAGGCCGACCACGAGGCCAACCCAAACACUGAGCCUGCUACAUCUACGACAUCCUCUUCGACUGCCUCAACUGCCAAACCAGUUGCUUCUUUGGCCUCUACUCUUGCAAAGGCCCUCGCCCAUCCCACCAGCAGCAAAUCUGGCACCAAGAAUCGAGAGAGUCUUCAUGUCAACGGCGACAACAACAAGACCGACCACAAGGCCAACAUGAAGAAAGAGGCCGAUGUCCAGACCGAGGCUGAGGCCGAAAAGGCGAGGGGAAAAGGAGAGGCAGAGAUCACGCCUCAUGACAAGUACUCCUCCUCCGUCGGCGUUCUCGGCUGCAAGAUCGACAUCAACCGGAAGGCACAGGCAAAGCAGAAGGAAGAGGCCAACCCCAAGGAGGAAGUGAAGGCCGAGAUCAAGGCUAUUGAUGAAGUCGACGUUAAGGUCUCGGACAAACCGGCACCAGUUGACUCCAAGACUGUCAAUGCUCAAGAGCUCGAGCAUGCUGCGCUCCUUCGUGAACGUGAGGAGCGAGAGCAGCAGCUCCUUCGUGAACGCGAGGAGCGAGAGAAGCAGCUCCUUCGUGAACGUGAAGAGCGAGAGCAGCAGCUCCUUCGCGAGAUCGAGGAGGAAGAGGCAGCUCUCGCAGAAAUGGCAAAGCUGAUUGCCAUCAAAAAGGCCAACGCCGAAAAGUUGAAGAAAGAUAAGGCCGCAAAGCUUUAUGUCAAUUCUGCUAGCGGGGAUGCUCCAGGCGUCUUGCAACAAGUCACCAAUACCGGUUCCAGCCUGCACGGUCCCCAUCAAGGUGCUUCUGCGGCAGUAUCUAUCACGCCGUCCACGGCAAACUUUGGAGGAGCGCAAUCCGCUAUCCCUGCUCUCACUGAGAACUCCACAGUCACGGUCAACGAGGGCGGUUUCAACAAUCAGACCUCGGUCCCGCAUUCCACUGGAGGUACCGUGCCUAACGCUGCAUCCAACUCUACGGAUGACUUGAUGGACGUCGAUUUUGAACCAGCCACCAUGCAAUACGUUCCGCAUUCCACUCAGAUUUCUCCCUUGGGUUCCAGCAAUGGCCAUUCCUCUUUCCAGAAUGGCUUCCAGGAGGCUGAGGAGGAGGAAGAGCUUUAG